UAUGAAAUCAUCUUCUUCUGACCAAGAUGUUUGGGCUGAUGAAUGCCAAAUUUUAUGUGAGGAUGAGUGCACACCUCAGAUUCCAAAAGGCACCAAGCAAUUCUGCAAUACCCUGAAGAGCAAUAAAGGCAAGGCGAAUAAAGCUGACUUUGAAAGAAUGGAUGUUCUUGAUUUUCCCUCUAGAGGUCCUCGCAAUGUAGCCAAGUCUAGCCGUCCAGGCUCACGUGUGCUGAAAACUCUGUUCAAGUUCAACCAUUUAAAGUAUUCAAAACCGAAAUCCCAAAGUUAUGGUUGAGCUCUAUCGUUUUCUCCAGAUAAGAUGCAAUGAACUCAGUUAAGGAAGAUUCCUUCAAGUGACAUACUCAAGAGUCUGAGAGGUUAGGCUUAAUUAACAGAGAUAUUA